AUGAAAGAAAAAAUUCACUCAUUAAGAGUCAAAAAGAUUAGGAAAAUAUCCCCAAAAAAGAAUCAAUAAUAAAUAGAUUUAAGUUCUCCAAUAAUAACUAAUGAAGAACUAUUAACUAAGCAUCAAAGCCAAAGUUCAAGUUUACUGUCGAGUCCUGAAUCAUCCAAAUUUAUUCCAGGAAGCAUGUUGGAAUUCUUACUAAAUAUUGAAGAAUUUCAUUUACCUCUCUCUAUAUGA